UCAUUACCGUUAACUUCAUUAGCUCAUCAGGGAAUAUUCGCAAUAAAGCUGCAAUUUCUAAUUAUUAAAUAGGGCCAUUAUAUGUUAGCAAGCUCGUGUAAGUUUAAUAUUACGAAAGUACCGACACCGACAUGAAGACUCUCAUCAGUACUGCGAAAGCUUUUCUGUACAAAAAGGAUUUCGAGUGGGACAAAGAAAUCACGCUUCAGAAUUUCCAUCCACAAUUACAAAUAUUCUUUGCGAUUAAUGGAGUUUUCUUUAACAACCGUGAGUCGAACAUAAGAUUCAUAUUUCCGGUACUAAGCUCCCUUAUAACAUUGGUCGCCGUGGCGUUCCAAAUAUUUUUCAUAUGGCAUGGUAUCUCCAUUAACGACUACGGGUUCGCCACCGAAUGCUUUUGCUACUUCUUCAUCCUCGGCUCUGUGGGGAUCGUCUACUCCAGCGUGCUACUUAAUAGACUUAAAGUCUUUAAACUCUUGCACAAUAUGAACAAAGAUUUUCUUUUUAUUUGCAAAUUAAAGGCUGAGUACAGAGACACAUUUUUAACGGGGCAACUACUCAUUUGGCGACUCUGUUGGUCAUGGAUAGGGUUCAUUAUUUUCGUAUCAGCUUUGUACGUUUCCAACACGAUGCUGUACCUGCUGUACCAGAGCACGUUGGCCACGCAAGACGAGCAUAUGAUCAGACCACUGAUCUUCCCGAUGUGGCUGCCAGAAGAUGACCCUUACAGGACGCCGAACUAUGAAAUAUUUCUUUCUCUGGAAGUUGUACUCAUAUAUGUGGUGGUAUUGACCUUUGGCUUGUACGUAUACAUACUGUUCCACCUCCUGCUGCACUACUACAACCUGAUGGACGUGAUCCUGAUCGCGCUGGAGGAGCUGUUCGACGGGCUGGACGAGUCGGUGGUGGCGCUGCCGCGCGAGGACCCCCGUCGCGUGGCCGUGCAGAACGAGCUAAACAUCAGGAUGGCCCAGAUUGUGCGCUGGCACCUUUCAGUCUUCGAUUCUGUGAACGACAUAUCUUCAGUAUACGGUCCGACGCUGGUCUACCAAGUAAUGUUCAGUUCUAUCGUCAUAUGCUUAAUGGCAUAUCAGGUUGCAGAGCAAUUGUCGGAAGGGAAAAUAGACUACCUGUUCGGUGUUUUGGGCAUUGGCGCAUGUCUCCAGCUCUGGAUCCCGUGCUAUAUUGGAACUUUGCUACGCAACAAAGGGUUCUUCGUUGGCGACCGCUGCUUCUACUGCGGGUGGCACGAGACGCCAUUGUCUCGAUUGCUGCGGCCCGACCUCAUCAUCUUCAUACAGCGCACGCAGCGGCCCGUCGCCAUCAAGUUCACCGGGCUACCGCAUUUGCAGCUCGAGACUUUUUCUUCGAUAAUGAGCAAUGCAUACUCUUUAUUCAACAUGUUGCGCCAGUACAAGUAAUGCAAGACAUGAGACGGUUAUUAUACUCUACAAGUUGGUCAAGCAGAUCUUGUCAGUUAGGAAAAGGCGGCAAAUUUGAAAAAUGCAGGCGCGAAGGGAUAUCGUCUCAUAGAAAAUUUUAAUUUCGCGCCUUUUCUACUGACAAGAUUUGCUUGACCAUCUAUGAUGACUGGAUAUUACUUAUGAUUGUAGGAUACAGGAAUUAUGUAGGAUAGAAAAACUUUGCCAUCCUCGUUAAUGAAAGGUUGCAAUCAAUAGGUACUACUUAAUGAGCACUUGUACUAUAGAUACAUUUCGCGUCGAAUUACCCUAUGACAGUUAAUUUAUAUAUGGACUCUGUCACGUAAAAUGUUUUUUUGGUAGUUAAGAACCACUUCAUUCUAGAUAUGAUGCAACUUUAGAAACAAAUUAUUUUAUUAAAUAUUUCGAUUUGUGUUUUUUAAGUAUAUAUUUUUUUUAAUUGAUAACAAUAAAUUGCUUGCGAUAGACGAUGGCCUAUUAUAGUUCAAAUAGAGCCCGACGGCUAAUCCUUUUGUCUAUUGUUAAGCAAAACCGCACGUGCUUACCUGCGAAAAAGGGUCUUAAGUAUUCUAUUUGGCACCAGAGCGCGGGCUAGUCCAACGCUCAAAAAACCAGUGUAGGUGCGCUCUCCGAUAACGCGCCUUUGUUACGCAUCUCGAUGACACAUUUUAGACUGGUUCUGUAGCGUUCGACUCGCCGGUACUCAGUAACCGAAGUACUUACUGGGGCCCGAUUUUUGAAUUUCGACCAUUCGAUUUCGUGUAUUUCGUUAAAUAAUAUCUCCACUACUAGGCGUUUAAAUUCUACUAAUAGAAUUGAAAUAGAGUAGUGUAUACCACUAGAUUCGAAAUUUCGAUCGCUCGCAUUUCAAAAAUUAGCAUUUCGGCGUUUUCCGUCGAUUUUCGAGUGACGAAAUCCAGCGAUCGAAAUUCAAAAAUCGGCCCCCUGUACUUUUUAUGCAGGUGGUUGUGGCACGUGUCAGGGCGGUUUUACUUAACAAUAGACAAUAGGAUUAGCCGUCGGGCUCUAUUUGAAACCUACGAACUAUACAUCCAUGCACACAUGUCUCUCUGUCAUUAUUUUAAACUUAAGCAGAUGUACAUAUGAAACAGUAGUUCAAAGUGUUACUUACGUAUAUUUUUACUAAUCAACAAUAAAUAAAUCUACAAUAA